UGUAACUCCCAGCAUGCAGCGCGGUGGUGAACUAACAUGGCGGCGGUUGUUGUGAGCGGGGCCGUGGGAUCAGGAAAACAAGAUGAGGAGCAGCCGCGCGGAGGCAGUUAGACCGUGACACCACAGCAGCUUCCCGGCGGCACCGCGACUUCACUCCAGCUCCUGCGGGUCGUGUCGGCACCGGGCGUUCCUCCUCGGUGGGUUUAACCACUCGGUUCCGGGAUUAUUUAUUAUCACAGCCCGGACCGGGGCUCAGCGGCUAACUGCAGCUAGCUCAGCCGGGGCAGCUAGCGGAGGUGUCGGCCGAGCGGAGAGCGGAGAGCCGCCUGGGUGUCACCCGGGGAACCCUUCACACAACGCGGGGAUCCUCUUCUGGUUUUAAUGAUUUCAGGUGCCCUGCCUGCCUGGUAAUCCUCAGCGUGGUGUUGACUCCACCAGGGACAGCAGCAGCAGCUGGACAGGAGGGAUGGAUGAGUCCAAAGGUCCAGUAAAAUCCGUCAAUCAGACUCAGAGAGGAGCCAAAGCUUUGUCCAGCGAGAAGUCCUAUAAAGAAGCUCCUGCGCAGAGAGAGGGCCCCAAACCUGCACCUCGCGGCAAAGAACACCUCACCAGUGCGAAGGAUGACCAGAUUAUAGGCAGCCAGGGUAGCCGUGGGCAAGGCAAAAAUACCACAGACACUCCCCAGGAAAAGAGGAGAGGACGGCCGACCAGGCUGAAUAGACUGACUGGAAGAACAAGUUCUGGAGAGAGAGGCAAAGGGGCAAACUCACAACAGCAACUGUCGACACAGGUUCCUGACUCCAGGGCCUCUUUUUCUGCAGACAGCAGCCCCUCAGCAAACAGAGAGACUACCUCUCCUGUUGUGACUGGUACACCUGAGGGGGGCCUCGCAGUGCAGGGCAAGAGCCCCGUUAUAACUCCUGCAAAGGAAAAGUCCCAUGGGGGGGUGAAAGCUGCAGCAUUGAUGCAUCAGUCUGAUGAGGCCACAGAGGUGAGACCCACCGUGGAGGAAAGACCCCUGACAGAGCAACAGCUGGGCCUCCGACAGGCGGAGGAGCGCCUCUACAGAGACUACAUCCACCGACUGCUCAAACAGUCCCCUGAGUACCCAAACUAUCAAUACUUAUGCAAGCUCUGUUCUGUGCACAUUGAGAACAUUCAAGGAGCACACAAACACAUCAAGGAGAAGAGACACAAGAAGAACAUCAUGGAAAAACAGGAGGAGAACGAGUUGCGUGCUCUGCCGCCGCCCUCCGCAGCCCAGCUCAGGGCUGUGGACGUGGCCGUCAUAGAAACAGCAAGACAGCAUGGGAUCUCAGAGGAAGACUUUGAAGUUCGGAAGGCUGUGGUCAUCAAGAUGGAGGAGAUCAUAAAGAAGCAUCUCUCAGCUUGUUGUCUCCGUCUCUAUGGUUCAUGUCUCACGCGAUUUGCCUUCAAGUCAAGUGAUAUCAAUAUUGAUGUCACACACCCUCCCUCAAUGACACAACCUGAGGUCUUGAUUCAAGUGCUGGAAAUCCUCAAAAGAAGCCCUGAAUUUUCUGAGGUGGAGUCAGAUUUUCAUGCCAAAGUUCCUGCAGUUUUCUGUCGGGACGCAAUCAGCGGCCUGAUCUGUAAAGUGAGUGCAGGUAAUGACAUUGCUUGCCUCACCACCAAUCACCUGGCAGCCCUGGUUAAACUGGAGCCCCGAUUGGCCCCCCUGGUGCUGGCCUUCCGCUACUGGGCAAGGCUGUGUCACAUCGACUGCCAGUCUGAAGGUGGCAUUCCCUCGUACUCCUUCGCCCUCAUGGUUAUCUUCUUCCUGCAGCAGAGGAAAGAGCCCAUCCUCCCCGUCUACCUGGGCCGCUGGAUCGAAGGCUUCGAUGUGAAACACGUGGAUGAGUAUCAUCUAACUGGAAUUGCAUUGGACAUGUUUGUGCGAUGGGAGCACAGACCUCCGAGCUCCACAGACGGACGAGGGGAGAACAGAAACGAGGCCAGAGGAGAAAGUAGAUCCAAACUGGAGAAGAGCAAACUUGAUGAUUCUCAUUAUUCUGAGGGUUUGACCCGCUUAACCUUAGACCUGGGUAAAGGUGUGACGUUGGGCCAGCUGUGGUUGGAGCUCUUGCGUUUCUACACACUGGAGUUUGCGCUUGAAGAAUCCAUCAUCAGCAUCCGCUUAAAGGUACUCCUCUCCAGAGAAACCAAGAACUGGCCUCGCCGCAGGCUCGCUAUUGAAGAUCCGUUUGCCUUGAAGAGGAAUGUUGCACGAAGCUUGAACAGCCAAAUGGUUUUCGAGUACAUCCAGGAGCGCUUCCGCUCCGCUUACAAAUACUUUGCGUGCCCUCAGAGACGGGGUCACCGGGGCCCGCAGAGAAGCAAAGGAGUCAGCAAGCAAGGUGCGAAACUGGAAGGGGCCGAGAGGAAGGAGGCAGCAUCUGUGAACAAGGAGGAAGACGAAGAGAAAGGUGAAAGAAGUCAGAGGCUGAAGGAGGAUGAGGAGCCUGAGAGCGACGAUGAAGAUGGUUCAGAUUCGUCCAAAAAGAAGGACGAGAGGACUUUAGAUGCCAGCCUCAUGGACAUGGUUCUCAAUGAGGGGAACAGACCCUCACUCUCCCCCAACGGCCUGCUGGACAGUGACAAGGAGGGGGAGGAGGAAAACGAUGAUUCAGAGAAGGAGGAGAAUGUUUCAUCGGAGGAUCUGCACUAUGUGUUUGACAAGAUGAUUUUCACUGGUGGGAAGCCUCCUACUGUUGUUUGCAGCAUCUGCAAACGAGAUGGUCACCUGAAGGACGAUUGCCCCGAAGACUUUAAGAAGAUUGAGCUGAAGCUUUUGCCUCCCAUGAACGAGCGCUUCAGAGAUAUUCUCGACGGGCUCUGUAAACUGUGCUUCUAUGAAUUGUCCCCAACACCUGUAGAGCAGCAGAAGAGGGAGCAGAUCCUCGUAGGCCUGGAGAGGUUUAUCAGGAAGGAGUACAAUGAUAAAGCUCAGCUCUGCCUGUUUGGUUCCUCCAAAAAUGGUUUUGGUUUCCGCGACAGUGACCUGGACAUCUGCAUGACGCUGGAGGGUCAUGAAACUGCCGAGAAGCUGAACUGCAAAGAGAUCAUUGAAGGUCUUGCAAAGGUGCUAAAGAAGCAUACAGGUUUGAGGAACAUCUUGCCUAUUACAACAGCUAAAGUGCCUAUUGUGAAGUUUGAGCACAGACAGAGUGGUUUGGAGGGAGAUAUUAGCCUUUAUAACACUCUGGCUCAACACAACACCAGAAUGCUGGCUGCGUAUGCAGCCCUGGAUCCACGUGUGCAGUUCCUUGGAUACACAAUGAAGGUUUUUGCAAAGCGCUGUGACAUUGGAGAUGCAUCCAGAGGAAGUCUAUCAUCUUACGCUUACAUCCUGAUGGUGCUUUACUUCCUUCAGCAGAGGCAGCCACCAGUCGUUCCAGUCCUGCAGGAGAUCUUUGACGGGCAGACUGUUCCUGAGCGGAUGGUCGAUGGUUGGAAUGCUUUCUUUUUUGACAACAUUGAGGAUCUGCGUCGGCGUCUCUCUGUGCUGCAGCCGAACACGGAGUCGGUUGGGGAGCUGUGGUUGGGCCUCCUGCGCUUCUACACGGAAGAGUUCGACUUCAAAGAACACGUCAUCAGCAUCCGCCAAAGGAAACGCCUCACCACGUUUGAGAAACAGUGGACCAGCAAAUGCAUCGCUAUUGAAGAUCCCUUUGAUUUGAAUCAUAAUCUUGGUGCUGGAGUUUCUCGCAAAAUGACAAACUUCAUCAUGAAGGCUUUUAUAAAUGGCAGGAAGUUGUUUGGAACUCCUUUCUACCCCAUCCCCGGCACUGAAGUGGACUAUUUCUUUGACUCCAAGGUGCUGACAGAUGGCGAGUUGGCGCCCAAUGACAGAUGCUGCAGGAUCUGUGGGAAGAUUGGCCAUUACAUGAAAGACUGUCCGAAAAGACGCAGGAUAAAGAAGAAGGAAAACGACAAAGACGAGGACAUUAAAGAGGAGGAGCGCGAGUCGAAGGACAGACGCUGUUUCCUGUGUGGGGACAUGGGUCACGUACGGAGGGACUGUCCCGAGUACCGCCACCUCAAACAAAGGGCCGCCGGAGCACCAGUUCCUCACAUGGUACGAGCCAUGGUGAGCUCUCAGUCCAUCCCCAUCCCGCAGGCGGCUGCAGACUGUCCUGGAAGAACCAGACAACCCUCCGAGUGUUCGGACACUCGGCAGACUCCGCCCUACUCCCCACAGCCCUGCGCUGUCCCUCAGAGUUCCUCCCAGUCCUCCAGCUCUCCUCAGUCCUCCCACAGUAAGACCAGUUCUGCUGGUCCCCCGAAACAGCCAGCUCACCCCCAGGUCCCCCUGUCCCUCUUUGGCUUCCCCAACCCUCUUCCAAGCCCGUACCACCCGGGGGCGCUCACCGCACUGGGGCUUCUGCCCCCCCACCAACACCAGUCCCAGGGACUGCCUCAUCACCCGGUUCACAUCCCCUCCACCUCCUGGCCCAUCCAUGGACCGGUCCUCGCCACGUCCUCUAACCCCGCUCCCUCCCCACCCGGCCUGAAAUUCGCUCUGCGCUCUGCGUCGGGGAACGGGAGUCCCACAGGCUCAGGGGUCAGUCCCGGUCCCAUGAACCUGAACGACCCCAGCAUCAUCUUCGCUCAGCCGGCGGGGGGGCGGCUGGGCAUCGGUGGGCCAGGACGAGAAGGACACUGGCACAACCACAUGGCACAACCUGGCUCACUAAUGGGAAAUGGCACUGUUGUCAAGUCAGAGUCAGGUCACCCGGCCCAGUUUGUGGGUGUGAAUCAAGGCUCUCGUGUGUGGGAGCACAAUAAAACACCCCAGUACGCCCUGCCUCCAUCGUGGCCCUACAGGAUGCCCCAGAACUUCAUCCAGCAGGGCAACGGAGGCUUCCAGCCUGGAAAACCCUUCAUGGCCCAAGGUUCUGUGGUGAAUCCAAACCCCAACUUCCCUCUGGUCCCUCAUGUCCGACAUCAAGUCAAUCUGAACUUCAUCCAGCAGAAGAAAUGAACUUGUCUUUCAUUUGAAUUCGGUUCAUGGUCAGUAAAAGCAGAGCAAUGUUCUCUUUGCAUCAUUUGAUCGCAGGACAUUUUUAAAAUGAAUUUUAUCAUUUUUGUACAGUUUUUAGGUUUUAUUUUUUGUCUCAUUACAUUGAUUUGUGAUACAAAUGUCAAAUAUUUUAAUACCCCCGUUUUUGAGGGGGUCCAAAAGUGUUUUUAUUUUAUGUGUAAAGUAAACAGGACAAAUGUAAACCUUUAUUUUUAUUAGCUGUAUUCAUACUUUGCUUGCCGCAAGAUGAAGGCUUUGAAUAGACAUUUGUUUUAAAACAAUCUAACAUGUCCCCUCAGUAUUUAGUGCCAAACGCAGGGAUAGCAAGAAAAAAGGGAAAAAUAUCAAAUAUACAAAAAGCUACAAAAAAAUAAAGAAAAAAGCGAAGAA